UUGUGCAGUUGCAGCUGUGAACGCGCACCCUACAUCUAUUAUUUGUCCUUGACGGAAAAAAAACUAAAAAGAUCUGUUGUUGUUCUACUGCCUUCUUUUCAGUUUUCAGUUCGGUAAUCGUCGCGAUGAUUGUUGUCUCGGCCGAUAAUUUUUUUUUCCGCUCGAAAGUUCAUUGGUUUCUGUGAAUUAUCUUCUGUCGUGCGAGUUCUGAAUAAUUCAAUAAAAUUACACUGAAAGUGGUCGGAAUAUCUAUUUGACAAUACAUUUGAAGCGUAUUCACGAACAAAUGUGCACGACGAUAAACCUGUUAUCAUUUUACGACGAGCCAAAGUUGUCGGAAAUUAAUCAUAUAGAUGCGUUGCAUAACAAAAAAGUAUAGCACUUAACAACAAUUUACUAUACAGGCCUCAGACAUAUUCACCAUCCAAGAAAAUGGCUGCUGGGUCACCCCAGGAUUUAGAUGGUUUUUUACCUCUAUUAUCAACUUCUGAUAUACGAAUGAAAGUAACAGUUGGUGGUAAAUUAUUUACUUAUUUAGAGGAACCUAGUAAUUCAGUUGAAUGUUCUGAUAUUGGAAUGUUUAUUGAUGGAGUUGUUCAAUGGUUAUCAAACAGCAAUCCCAAAGUUACUCAAUAUGGAAUUGAAAUAAUAACACAGUUAAUAACUAGAAUGAGAACGGAUUUUAGACCAUACAUUUCUACUGUACUACCACUAGCUGUCGAUCGUCUUGGCGAUAGUAAGGAUUCCAUUAAAGUCAAAGCACUUUUUCUUAUUAUGAAAUUAAUGGAAUGUGAUACAAUUAGUCCUCAGGCAUUAUUUGACAAAAUAUCAGCAAAUGCAUUCAAUCACAAAAAUAGUAAUGUUAAAGAAGGAGCCAUGAAGUUAUUAUUAUCAACUGUUGAAGAAUUUGGAGCCAACUGUAUCACUAUAUCAAAAAUUGUUCCCAUGAUUGUAAAACUUUUAAGUGAUCCUAAUGUCCAAGUAAGACAUAAAGCAUUUGAAACACUUGUUGAUUUGUAUAAACAUGUAGGAGAAAAAUUACGUGUAGAUAUACAAAAAAAAUAUACAAUUCCUCAAGGCAAAAUGACCGACUUGAUGAAUAAAUUUGAUGAUGCUAAAGCAGCUGGAGAUUUAUUGCCAACUGCUUUUAUUGGACUUAGCUUAGCUGAUGACGAUGAGACUGAUCGUGCUUGUAUGUCAGCACCUAGACGCAUUCCUGGUAGUGUCAAAAGGCCUGGUUCGUUUUUUCCUCCAAAUUCUGCAACACCCUUACAACGGACAGGUUCUGUACGAAAACCCAAUUCAGCGUCUUCUACCUCUUCUCAUGCUGGUGCUGUUGAUGAAGAUACUUUUAUUCGAUCCUUUGAAGAUGUUCCUACAAUACAGAUUUUUAGUGUACGAGAUUUAGAUGAUACUAUGAAAAAAUUACAUGAGUCUAUCCAAGAUGGUAAUGAACAAUGGAAUAAACGAGUUGAAUCGUUGAAAAAAAUUAGAUCACUUGUAUUAACUGGUGCAACAAAAUAUGAAGAGUUUUUCAAUAAUUUGAGAUAUUUAGAACAUUCCUUUCAAACAUCUGUCAAAGACUUGAGAUCUCAGGUUGUCAGAGAAACUUGUAUUACUAUUGCAUUUUUAUCUCAACGUUUGGGCAAUAAAUUCAAUCACUUUGCUGAAUCAAUUUUUAGCAAUUUAAUCGACCUUAUACCAAAUUCAGCAAAAGUAACCGCUUCAUCUGGAUUAAUUGCUGUAAGGUUUAUAUUAGAACAUACGCAUGCUCCUCGAAUUAUACCCAUUCUUGCAAAUAGCUUAGGAUCUAAGUCAAAAGAUAUUCGCCGUGCAUGUUGUGAAUUUUUUGAUCAAAUUCUACGUACAUGGCCAACUCAAGCAUUAGAAAGACACAUAACAAUACUUCAGGAUUCCAUUAAAAAAGGUAUAGCAGAUGCUGAUUCAGAUGCUCGGGUUUUAUCACGAAAAUCUUAUUGGGGAUUUUGUGAACAUUUUCCAGAACAAGGAGAAAUAUUAUUAAAUAAGCUAGAACCAGCCUAUCGUAAAGUAUUACUAACAAAUACUGGAUCCAAUUCAUGUUUACCAAAAUCUGUAAUGGCUGAAAGUACAAGAUUACCUUCUCGUCGUCCAGUUACUCCACAAAACAACAUUUCAAUGAGAUCAAGCAGUGCCAUAGAUUUACAAGCUGCUCAAAGGGCAAAAGCUAGAGCUCAAUAUGCAGCACUUGCUAGACAAAAAGUUAAUCCCAUGGUGUCUCCUCAAUCUGUUACCAAAAAACCUAAUGAAGACUUGCAUCAAUCAGAAAGAAUUGGAAGAUCAAGAGGAAGGGUAUCAAUAUCUCAACCAACUAGUCGUUCAGGAUCACCAUCUUCAAGAUUUACUUUUGGUCAACCAAAAUCAAGAAGAGGCAGUUCUGGUAUACCCAGAUCUCAAGAUACUAGUAGAGAAGCUAGUCCUAACAGGUAUAGUUCCCUUGGAUCACAUACGAGUAGUAGACGGCCACCUAUAUUGCCUACGUCUAGACCAAUAAUGGCACAAAAAAUAUUAAUGCAGAGCCGAGAAGCAGAAUCCGCCUUGGCUGAUGCUCUUGGCAGUACUACUGGUCAUAAAUCACCAAGAAAAAUAUUAGGAAGGUCAUUAGAUGAUCAUAGUGAUGAGAGUGAGACAUCGAGCAUUUGUUCUGAACGCUCAAUUGAUUCUCACCGCCGUCCUUCAGAUUCAUUUUAUUGGAAUGGAUCACAACAUCGCUUACAUAAAGACAUUUGGGAGAAUUCUAGCUUAGAUAUAGACGAUAUAAUAUUAAACUGUGAAAGUUCAAGCUGGAAUAAUCGCAAGGAAGGCUUAGUAAGCUUACAAAGAUAUUUGCAACAAGGAAAUAUUUUAAAUGAAGUAUUAUUAAGGAGGCUAACAGAUAUAUUUACUAAAAUGUUUAUGGAUUCUCAAACAAAAGUUAUAAGUCUGUUUCUGGAUGCACUAAAUGAGUUAAUUGUUACCCACAGUCAGUAUUUAGAGCAUUGGUUGUAUAUACUUUUAGCCAAGUUAUUCAAUAAAGGAGGCUCUGAUAUACUUGGGUCUGUGCAUUCAAAAAUAUUAAAAACAAUGGAAAUUGUGAGAUUAUCUUUUCCUUGUGAAUCUCAGCUAACUGCUGUAUUUAAAUUUCUCACAGAUCCUACACAAACACCUAAUGCUAAAAUGAAAAUAUUUGCUAUGAGUUAUAUAUCAAAAUUAGCGGUUACAACAGAUCCAGGAUCAGCAUUUCCUUCUGCAGCAGAUGGAAAAAAAGAUUAUGCUACUCUAGCAUUAACAAAAAUGAUUGGAUGGACUAUGGGUAAUAAUAUAAAGCAAGGGCCUGAGUUAAGACGUGCUGCUCAAGAAUCUAUUCUUGCAUUGUACAGUUUAAAUGCAUCUCAAAUCACAUUAAGGUUAUCCCAGUUACCAGAAGAGUAUCAAGAAGCAGUUUCUGGACUCAUUAAAAAUAGAGUGAGAAGAAGUAGUGUUGAUCAAUUAAUGUCUCCAAAAUAUCACAAUCGACAGUCGCCAACCAAUUUUGCUUCACCUCCUUUGCAACAUGACAACACUGAUAAUUUCAAUUCAGAAGAAAUAUAUAAGUCACUAAAACAAACUACUGCUGAAAUACAAAAGUACAGUUUAGAAUGUCAUUAUACAGGAGAGAGAGAUGCUGCUUCUUAUGACUCUGGAAUAAGUCAAAUGUGUACUGAAACUGAUAAUCAUAAUUUAAAUGGUUACAAAAAUGGUCAUACUACAACAACAGAUGGAAUUAUAAAAAUAUUAGAUGAUUUAGAUAAAGAUUCUCUUCAAUUGGAUUAUAAACAAUCAAAUUUAAACCGUUUGAAAGAAUUAAUCAGGGAUGGUCCUUCAGAUCUUCUUAUAAAAAAUUUCAAAAAAAUUAUUAAAGUUGUUCUAAAAUUAUUAAUGGACAAUGAAUCAAUUGUACGAGAACAAGCAAUUAUUUUGAUUACGCAUCUUGUUCAAAAGCCAGAAAUGGUUGCUUGUUUUUACAAUUUCACUGAAUUGAUUAUAUUAAAGGUACUAAAUAUGUGUUGUGAUCCAUGUAAACCUGUUGUAAAAGUUGCUGAAGAAUGUUCAUUUGCCUUAAGUAUCUCUUUACAACCAGAAACAGUCGUUAGAGUAAUUACGCCAUUGAUAUCGGCAAAAGAAUUUCCGGUUAAUUUGAUGGCAAUCAAGAUGAUGACUAAACUGGUUGAUAUGUACGGCAGCCCUCCUGUAGCUGUUCAAAUGAAAGAAAUAAUGCCUGGUUUGCUACAAGGCUAUGAUAAUCCUGAUAGCGCGGUCCGAAAAUCAGCAGUCUUUUGUAUGGUUUCAUUACAUAAAGUAUUUGGCGAACAGGAAUUUGCACCUCAUAUAUCAAGUCUGAAUGGCGCCAAGCUCAAGCUGUUGAACCUAUACAUUGAACGUGCUCAACAGUCUUCUCCGACAUCGCCCAAAACAACUUCAUAAACUAACUAUUCAUAAUAUUUAUUAACGAACAAAAUAAUAUGAGUCCUAUCAAGGUAUUCCAUUAGAAGUCUUAGAAACUUGUAUGUGAUAUUCAAGUUGCUUCUUUUACCUGACAUUGGGAUGCUCAAUAAAAUAUUAGUACUUUAGUCAUUAUUAACUAUUGCCUUUUCAAACUCAACCACAUAACAACGUUUUACAUUUUAAUAUUUGAUAUUUUUUAAUCACUAACUAGUGUAAAGUUAAUUAUUGUAUCUAAACUACAAUUUUAAUCUUUUGUCAAACCAUCACAUCUCUUAAUAAUAAAUUAAGGGAUUGUCUAUUAACCAAAAAUAUAUAA